CUCAUUAGGGAGGGGAAGAGUAUGGGACUUCCUGUUUGGCUCUGCGUUAUGUUUUCUUGCUUUCACCUAAGCUUUCUGGAUAGGCAGUAACGUUAGUUAGGUAACGGCCUGUUUUAAGGCUUUGUACCCCGCUGUAAUACAAACGCAUACAAACGAGGUGAAUUAACAGCUCGUCGAAACCGAGGCGGCAGUGAAAACGGAAGCGGAGCUGCUGAGAGCAUCUGUCCGCAGAUCAGUGAGGUUAGCUGGGACUGCGCUAAGCGACGGAGCGGCGGAGGAGACACUCGUGUUUUUAACUUCCCAAGGCUCGAAAGUAAGCAAGGACUUCAAGAAACCUUUGUCGUCCAACCUGGAGAAGGCGAGCAUGUGGUUGGAGCCACGGGCGUUGUAGGAUGAAGAGCCCGGCGCACCGCACCAGGGACAUUGAGAGGAAAGCUGGCUACCUGAGGCCUGAGCACUGCGCCCCUCCCCCACUCCGCACCGGCUCCGACACCAUGUGGUUCAUCCGUGACGGCUGUGGCAUCGUGUGCGGCGUCAUCACCUGGUUCCUGGUCUUCUACGCUGAGUUUGUGGUGGUGUUCGUCAUGCUGCUGCCUGCCAAGAACGUGAUCUACAGCCUCUUCAACGGGGUGAUCUUCAAUGGCCUUGCUUUCCUCGCCCUUGCCUCUCAUGCCAAGGCGAUGUGCACAGACCCGGGAGCCGUGCCUAAAGGGAACGCUACCAAAGAAUUCAUCGAAAGCCUGCAACUCAAACCAGGACAGGUUGUGUACAAGUGUCCAAAGUGCUGCAGCAUAAAGCCCGACAGAGCUCACCACUGCAGUGUGUGUAAACGCUGCAUCAAAAAGAUGGACCACCACUGUCCCUGGGUGAACAACUGUGUCGGAGAGAACAACCAGAAAUACUUUGUGCUCUUCACAAUGUAUAUUGCACUAAUAUCCUUCCACGCGCUAUUGUUGGUGACCUUCCAUUUUGUUUUCUGCUUUGAAGAAGACUGGACAAAGUGCAGUAACUUCUCUCCCCCAGCAACUGUCGUCCUCCUCAUCCUCCUCUGCUUUGAGGGUCUCCUCUUUCUGAUCUUCACUGCAGUCAUGUUUGGUACUCAGGUCCACUCCAUCUGCAGCGAUGAGACGGGUAUCGAACAGCUUAAGAAGGAGGAGAGACGAUGGGCCAAAAGGUCAAAAUGGAUGAGUAUGAAGGUGGUGUUUGGUCAUCCAUUCUCUAUAGCCUGGCUGAACCCCUUUGCAACACCCGACCACGGCAAGGCAGACUUGUACCAGUACAUUGUGUGAAAGCUAGAAGCCUAGCUGAGCUCUGCUGCUGAGGACUGGCUCCUGGUCUGCCCUCCUAUUGGCUGGACCUAAACGAGCAUGAACUCCUCUUUACCACUUCUCCAUUUUCUUUUGUGCACGGUUAAUACGUUUAUCGAUAUUUCAGGGUGUCCUGUUGUAAACUACAUUGUCAAAAUCUUCCUUUUUUUAAAAACCUUUUUUAUUUUUUCCUCUUGGUGCUGGCUGAGAAUAAUGAGCUGUUGCUGUUAAAAAAAACAAGAAAGAAAACCUAUCAAACUAAGCAGCGACAACUCGACAAAAAGCACUUGAUAAGAGUUUGAGAGACGACACCAAGAGACUGAGUUCUUUAUGCAGUAUGUCUGACCAUUUCCGGCUUCCAAGACUAAAUAAUGUGAACUCUAAACUGAAGUCCAGAACGUUUUUGCAGUCUGGGUGCCAAGAUGGACUUCUGGUUUUUUCUUUCUGUAAAUGGUUGUGAUUAUGUCACUUCUUCAUUUGCCGCAUUCUUGUCGUUGCAAUAGGCUUUGGCCGAGUGCUGCAGGUGAUUUGCCUUAGAACAGUGCAUUAGUGAAUGGUGGCAUCUGCUGCUUUUAAAAAAAAAAAAACCACAACUAUUAUUUUGCCUUAAUGUAACAGUCAGAGUUAGACACUGUCACAUUGGGUAAAUACUAUUUUUAAAUGAGUGUGAUUUGUCGUUCUUUGAUUGCCAGAUAGGUAAAUUACUUUAAGUUUAGUUUUGUCUUUUGGUCAUUUAUAAUGGUUAUGUGCCAAGUUCCUGCUCAGACUGGAACUGUGAAGGACAUUCAAAGGCUGUAGGACCAUAAUCAGCCUCAGUUGAAGUUUCAAUCUUUAAUAUUUCAUUCCUGGUUGAUUUGUCAACAGAAAUCAUGGUGUAACAGCAAAUGCGAUGUUAAUUCUAUGAUAAUGGAAAUAUGGGAUUUAUGUUAGUUUGAUGUCAUGAAAUUUAAAGUACAUCAGUCUCGUCAUCCCUCCACACGGAUCCGAUGUUUUCUUCUGCAGCAAUUUUUCGUAUCUUAAGCUUUCACCGAGGCCAGAAAGACCAUGUUCAAAAUGGACAUUUUAUUUGUCGCAACUGUGGAAAGUACUUUGGUGCAGAUGGUUAUAGGCCUCUUCAAAGCAUUUAACACUAAAAAUGCCUUUGUUUAAAUGUGUUCGAAAGCCUUACUCUAUUUAUAAAACGUGCUUUUGAGGGUGAUGAAAGGACAUAUUUGAACACACAUAAGUUGCCAAAUUGAAUGCUCAAAUAUAAAAUGGAAAGUAACCAUUUUUAGACUAAAGCAUAGUCAUUUUCUUAGGCUUCUUAAAAAUGUAAAAAGGUUAUUAAAUGGUGGUUCAACAGAUAUUUCAGUUUACACAUACAGUACACCAGCUUUUUCUUGAAUUGUUCAAUUAUUUGUUGUCAGGUUGGAAUUUGAUUUAUUACUUACUGUGGACCACUAUAUAUUUUUUCUUUUAGAUUGGUAUUUGUUUAAAUCAGAAUAUAAUAAAAACGUAAUGUAUGUGACACAACUUUCUUUAAGUUGAAUGGAUAUUUUAUUGACUCGUUUUUUAUUUUUAUUUUUUAAACCUAUUGACAGAUAAGGUUUUACUUUGAGACAUUUAAACCCUCCAUUUUUAAUUCAGGACAUAGUUGAUGAUAUAUUGUUUUAAAAAAACAACGUGUACCCUAAUAAAAAUACUCUGACAAACAUUUCCAAACAGUUUACAUUACAGGAAUACAAAAAUAUAUUUUUUUUAAUUUUAAAUUUCAGAUUUUUUCUGUAUACACCCUUGGGUAAUUUUGCAACCCUUUCAUUAGAAAAAUAUAACUUUGUCAAAGUUAGAUUUUUAAGAAACAAAUCAACCAACAAACUAACCAAGAAAACACCUUUACAUUUCUAAAUUUGAAUGGUUGCUGUCUUUUGAAUUACAAGUACAGAUCCAUUGAGAUGAAACACGUCAUUACAGAAGCAUGCCCUUAUCUGCCAUGUAACUGGAGUGCAAGCCUAAAGUGAUUUAGGUUUUUUGUCUUUAAUUUUUACAAGAGGUAUUUUAAAAGGAAGGGAGCUGGUCUAAUGGAUCGUCACUGUGUAAGUAAGUGUAGACAAGUUUAGGGCUAACAUUAUAUCCGUCCCCAUUCACUACAGUGAGAAUGCUUUUCAUUUCAUUUGUUACAAUGCUAAGACAGGACACCAAGCUCUCGGUUUACUAUAGAAAAACACAUCUUUGAAUACAGGUGCUUUUUAAUUCAAUCUAAUUCAAUUUAUCAUGAAGUAGAAAAGCUCUAAGAAGCUCCUCUGUUUUAGAGAUAAAUCUGUCAUUUACAAUAUCUAAAUAAUGAAGACAAUUAUCUUGUUUGUCAGAUGAGAUGUUUAUUCAAUAAUUCAACAGUGUUUCUUGGAUGGCAAUUUACACAUUAUUUUAAGUGUUAAUAGAAUAUAUACACUUUCAAAUGUUUUUUUUCCCCCAUGUAAUCUGUAAGACACAUUUUGAACAGCUGAUAUCAGAGCAAACAGUUGCUCCCUCUAACCAAACUGUCUUGAUUUUUGAUAAAAAGGAAGGUGAACAUAAUGUUAAAUGUAUCUGUGCAGCAGCCUUCAGAUUAAAGAGAUGACUUAUCUGCACAUACAUUACAUUAAAGAGUUCCAACAAACUAAUGCAAAAUCAGUCUCUUUUCCAUUGUUCUACCAAGCGAUGGGUCAAAACUUUACUGAUUCAGAAGAAGUCCUGACAAAUGUACUGCUUUCUUGCAGUGGAGCACAUUAACUCUUCUUCACAUUAAUCUUGUCAGGUCAACAUCAUAUUUGAGUGUUUUUUUAAUUUCUCGUACAACCACAUCUACAGUUUAUGUGCACACAUAUAUAAGUACAUCACACUCAGGGCCAUGCAGCUGUCACAGAGAUAUAAAAUGUGGGUAAUGCAAAACUCUGACUCAUUGUAUUACAGUGAGACUGGAUUCACAGGUAGUUUGUUUACCCUCGUAUCAUGCCGUUAACUGGAGGAAA